AUCGCGCGCAACCGUACAAUUCCCGUCAUACAACAGCGUGUUCUUGGCUUCGAAGAUGGACUUCAACGGGCGCAUGAGCAUGGCGCGCAUCUCGCAGCAGUCAAGUCAGCAGAAGCAGCCGAAGCAGGACGACGGAGACGCAUUCAUGCAACUGAGCGAUCGAGAGAUCGCAGGGUGUAUCAGCGACAUAGGGAUCAGCUUCUCCGUGGACGACCUGAAGAAACCGAAUCCGCAGCAGAUCCAGCGUGUGUUCGAAUGGUUUGCCGAAUUGCUCACGAACACCACUCGCGAAGUUGUUGCGCCUGCCAUGCGCGCAGCAGCCGAAGAGAUGUACGGUGAAGAUGCAGACCGGAUCUUCACUGCCGAUACGCGCGAACUGAUGGGCUUCUUCAUUACCAUGCGGAAACUGCUGCUCGAGUGCGGCAUCAAGGACUUCACCUUCUCCGACCUCUACCGACCUACUUAUCCACGCCUGGUGAAGAUAUUCAGCUACAUUAUCAACUUUAUCCGCUUUCGAGAAUCGCAGACGAGUGUCAUUGAUGAGCAUUACAACUCUUCCGAGAGGACAAAGAAUGCGAUCGAGCAGCUGUACCACACGAACCGGGAGAUGGAGGAGCAGCUAGAAGAGAUGCAGCGAAAUCGAAAGGAUGUAGAGCAAGCACUAGAAGAUAAGGGAAGGCGUGAAGCGGAAAUGAAGACAAAGUUGCUCGAGCUGCGCAAGGCCCAGACACGGGUGGAAGAGAAGGUUCGGAGCGUGAAAGCUGAGCAGAACCGCCUGAAGGCGCUGCUUGAAGAUCAAACAACGGCAGUGUUAACCAUGCGGCAAGAGGCUAGCAAGCUGCGCCCGUAUGCUGAGCAAUCGCCGGCUGUACUCGAGCAGUCUUUGCGCGAGCUGAGCAGUAACUUGACCAAUGACCGCACGGAGAUUGACCGUCUUGACAAGCGAGCACGGGCGCUCCAGACCAGCUGCGACACCUUCACAACCUUGCAGACCGAGAUUGCUUCCCACAUACGACUUCUCACCGAUCUGCAAAACGAGCUGCAAAAGGAAGACGAAGAGGCUCGAGCGGCGGCCAAAAACCGCGAAGCGCUAGCGGAGAAAUCGAACAACGUCCGAGAGGUGGAGCGGCAGGAGAAGAUCUUGCGCAAGCAGGUCGACCAGUGGCAAUCGCGAACGGAGAAGUUAAGGCGAGAUGCUGAAACGAAGAUCGGCAAUGCUCGUGAGAAGAUGGAGGGUCUGCGGAGUGUGCACCACGCAUUGACCGCGGAGCGAAAGGACCGCCAAGAGGAGGUGGACAAGCGGAGAGUGAGGAUCGAGCAGACUGAGAAGAAGGUGAAUCCGUCCUUUUUGCGUAGAAGCUUGGUGCUGAGCUGACUUGAACCCAGAUGACCGAUCUCAAGGAGAACAUCGAGCAUGAGGUGCAAAGUGCUCGAGAUGAGUACAUGAAAAUGGAGAGCCAUAUACGGCUAUACAUCACAGAGAUGGAGCAAAGCAUAUGAGACAUGACAAAGGCGCCGGCAUUGAGCAGCUAUGCCUCGCACGAUCAUGCGGUUCAUGUGUGAUAACCCAGCAACACAAAUCCUAAUAACGUGUAGCUGUUAGCUUACAGUUCAUUGGCGCGGUGACAGGUGCGACAAGCGAGGUGUGCUAGCGAUCAGACGGUUGAGCUUGAAAGUUUGGUCCACACGAAUGUUCAGAACAGGUCUGUGAAGUGUUGUUUUCAUCACUGCAAUUGCAGAAGGUAGCGAACGAACUUACUCUGCAUCGUCCAGUAUCCGGCCUACGGCUGCGUAGCACCGCAUGGCAAUUGGUCACAGCGUGCAUUGUUAGUCGUUCAUCUUUCGAAAAGU